CCAACAUUGAAUAUUACUAACCAUGAGAAUGGGGCAACCAUAAUUUAGAAGCCCUGUGUAAUAGCUGAUCAAUUUGCAUUGGUGGUGUCUUUAAUAAAACAACUUUUAUGACAAGUCAACUGUGUCAUAAAAACGUCAUUUCAAAUGCAGAAUUUUGCUCAUCAGUUCGUGUUGCCUGAACGUCAAGCUAAGCUGAACAUUCUCAUUUAGACAAGACUGCAGAGAUGACCUCUAGUGACAAGACAGCAGGUCAAGGGGAGACAAUCUACUGCAUAUGUCGCACAUCAGAUUGUUCACGGUUCAUGAUUGGCUGUGAUAACUGCGAGGAGUGGUACCAUGGUGACUGUAUUGGGAUAACGAAGUUGGAUGGCCGAACCAUCAAGCGUUACUACUGCGCUUUUUGUAGACAAAAGAAUCCGAGUCUGACUCUCGUGCUGAAGACUAAAAAACCCAAAACAUGGAAACUAAAGAAUAACAGUUACCGGUUGCUGCACCAAAACCCGAGGCCUCCGCACAAAGGAGCAACAAGAUCUACACGUCAGUGUGGAGAGUGUGAUGCCUGUCAGAAGACAGAGGAUUGCAGGCAGUGUGAUUUCUGUAAGGAUAUGAAGAAAUUUGGUGGACUGAACAAAAUCCGUCAGAAAUGUCGCCUUCGCCAGUGUCUGAAAUUUGGCUUGAAUGUCAUUGACUUCAAGAUGGAGGCAGAAAACAUGUCAGCAUCCAACAGCAACUCGGAAAGAAAUAAACGCCUCAUGGACGAUGACAGUUCGGAUAUUGUUCAGCAAAAAAAACUGCGAGAGUUGCACAUGGAAAAAAAUCAGCAUUACACUGGUAUGGAGGAUUGUGAUGAAACGCCACAGCAUUGCUGUGCUCCAGCGUGUGUUGGAGUUGCCAGAACUGGGUCGAAGUACUGCUCUGAUGAAUGUUGCAUGAAGCUUGGUGAAAGCAUGAACAUUCUCACCAAAGACAUGGAGAUGGCCUCUAGCGUCAAGACUUCAGCUCAAGGGGAGAGAGUUUACUGCAUAUGUCGCACAUCUGACUGUUCACGGUUCAUGAUUGAUUGUGAUAACUGUAUGGAAUGGUUCCAUGGUGACUGUAUCGGAAUAACCCAUUCAGAUGGCCGAAUCAUCAAGCGUUACUACUGUACUUUUUGUAGACAAAAGGACCCAAGUUUGUCUAUCAUAUGGAGGACUAAAAAACUGAAACCGAAGAAAGUGAAGAGUGACCGUGACAGUAUGCUGCACAAAAACCAGAGACUUCGGAAUAAGGUGAGAAGAUCUGCACGUCGAUGUGGAGAGUGUGAUGUCUCCAACAAGACGGAGAAUUACUGUCAGUGUCAUUUCUGUAAGAAAGGAGUGAAAAUAUCUAGACGUCGAUGUGGACAAUGUUAUGCCUGUGAGAAGACUGAGGAUUGUGGUCAGUGUGAUUUCUGUAAGGAUAUGAAGAAAUUUGGUGGACCUAACAAAAUCCGUCAGAAAUGUCGCCUUCGCCAAUGUCUGAAUUUUGGCUUGAAUGCCGGUAUCACCAAGCUGGAAGCAGAAACUGCAUUAACAUCCAUCACGGACUCCGAAAGAAACAAACGCCUCAUGGUCGCUGACAAGUCUGAUUAUAUAUCUGAAAAUGGAGUUCAGCCAAAAGUACUUCAAGAGAAGCUGAGCUUAGUAAGUGAGAUAUGUUAUACUGAUGUGGAGAAUCUUCGCAAUGCUGCUGCUGAAACUCUGCCACAUUGCUUUGGUCCGGCUUGUGUUGAAGCUGUCAAAAUGGAAUCAAAAUACUGCUCCAAUGAAUGUGGCAUGGAUCUUGGUGAUAGGUGACGGCACAAUUCUCAUCAAGAACAUUUACGACUGUUCAGUAGCUUACACAUAGUUUUAAGUUUGUUUUUUUGGUUACUCAUCUCAUCUCUGCUAUGAGAAUAAUGAAGGUGAGCUGCAGAUCACUCCUGAAAUGGUGCAAGGUGAGCUGCAGAUCUCUCGUCUGAAAUG